AGUUGGAGUAGUGUAGUAGACCUGUUGACAACAUAUUUUGUUCAUUAAAUUAUUGAACAAUAAGAACAAAUAUAACGCAAUCGUUCUAGUUUUAAUUGUCAUGAUUUCCAUUUGCAAUUUGCAUAUGCUUAUUUGGAUUACAGCAGCGUACGGUGUAAUAACUCACAGUAUUCACCAAAAAAGGACCGAUACCUCCGAUUCUAUGUCAUCACAGAUUUAUCCAAAUGUCACUUAUACGGUGAAUAAAGGUUCUAGAGAUUACGCCCGUGUUACCGAACCUUUAUCCAGUAUAAAAUCACAGAAAUUAAACUUUUAUCUGGAAGACAAAGAUUCUAAAGUAUUUGGUGUUACAAAAAAAGGUGGAAUAGUAUUUAUCAAGGAUGCCAAACUUUUACAAACAUUUAAUAAUUCACAAUUUACGCUAAAAAUAUUUUAUGGCAAAGAUAAAAAUACGGAAAUAAUUUUAAAACUUGUAAAUUUACUGGAAGAACAAUGUAAGAAAACAUCACACUGUUCUAAUAUUCAUUUAGACACAAAAUCUGAAUGUACAUCGUCGUGCGGAAUAGGAGCUUUUACAAAAUGCCAAUGGCGAGAAUCACCAAAACCAGAUGCGUUCACUGUAAAUUAUUCAACCUGUACCCCAGACAUCAACACUUGUCCAGACGGAAAUUGUGAUAGCCUGGAAAAAAUGAACCAUUUAAUUUGCCCACAGGACUGUACUAAUGACGUAUUUGGCACUGGAAAAGAAGGUCAAACUGGGAUUUCGGGAGCUAAAGGUAUUUGUACAUGUGACGAAAUUGGAAAAUGUACGUGUGAAACAAAACUCAGCGUUGGACCGUUGAAAAUUAAAAAAUACCAAAAUGACUCAGUGACACCCGCACCUACGCCAUUAAAUAAUGAACAAGAAGCAUGUGGAAAUUGGUGCGACAGCAAUGUGAAUACGAGUAUAAUAAUAGUAGUAGCGUUUGUAACAACAGGAAUUGUUAUGUAUUGUUGCAGAAAUGGAAUCAGAUGGAUUUUGGGUAAUAAUAAAACAAAUAGGAACGUCAGAACACUUGAGGAACUGUUACCAAAUAUCAAUCAAGAUGAAUAUCAACCUAAUCAAAUACCUAACAGAGAUACUUUUACCAUUAAUAAUGACUUUGACCCUAAAUGGGAAUUUCCAAGAAGUAGACUUAUUUUGGAGCAGGUGAUUGGCGAAGGAGAAUUUGGUAGAGUUUUGAAAGCUCAAGCUUUAGAUAUUCCUGGUACAAAAGGCAUGUCGACGGUCGCAGUAAAAACAAUAAAAAACGAUGCAGGAAAAACCGAAAAGGAUGAUUUGUUGUCAGAGUAUAACUUGUUAAAAGACGUUAAUCAUCCAAAUGUAGUUAAACUACUAGGAGCUUGUACAACUCAAGAAGGUCCAUUUUACCUUAUUAUUGAAUAUGCCAAAUACGGUUCGCUUAGAUCUUACCUCCGAAAGAGUAGAAUCCUAGACAACAAUACAAGUGGCCUUAUUUCCAAUGCUGCAGGAAAUGUCCAACAAAAUGAAAGUCCGAUAUCUAUGAUGUUUCCACUUUAUCCGAUCAGUCCAAGAGAUAUUUUGAAAUUUGCCUGGCAAAUAUCGAAGGGAAUGGCUUAUCUGGCAGACCUAAAAUUAGUUCAUAGAGAUCUAGCUGCAAGAAACGUUCUAGUUACUGAGGAUAAAAUAUGUAAAAUAUCCGACUUUGGUCUGACCAGAGAUGUUUAUGAAGAUAAUACUUAUUUAAAAAAAACGAAAGGGAGAGUUCCAGUGAAAUGGAUGGCACCAGAAUCUCUAGCAGAUCAUAUAUAUACAAGUAGAUCAGAUGUCUGGAGUUUUGGAAUCUUACUUUGGGAAUUAGUCACUUUAGGGGCAGUUCCAUAUCCAGGAAUAAUCGUACAAGAUUUAUUUAAACUAUUGAAGGAAGGAUAUAGAAUGGAUAAACCAAAAAACUGUUCAGUUGAAUUGUACGAUAUAAUGAACAGCUGUUGGGCAGAAGACCAAUACAGAAGACCUAGUUUUAAAUCGUUAACAACAUCUCUGGAAGAAAUGUUGGAAAAGGGAAACGAUUACUUAAAAUUGGAUUUCAAACAAAUUGUGAAUAACAUGUGUUACUUUAUAGAUGAUGAAGAACUAGCAAAUGAAAAUCAAACUACAACUGAAAUUACAAAAGAAGAAGUGAAGUAUGAAAUUCCUAAACCUGUUAGCGAAAUUGGAAUAGCAUAUGUAUCAAUGAAAGAUUUUAAAUUUGAUCCAGAACAGCAACAAGUUGAAGUUGUGUGAAGUUAUUUAAAAUAUGAUUUUGUGCCAAAUGAGAGUUACCUAAAUACUAGUCAAACAUUACAUAAUUUAAUAUUAUUAUAAGGAGUUCUUAAUUAGCAUUUAAUCUAAAGAGUUUAAAUUAGAUAUGCUUCCAAUUGUAAAUUUAUUAAAACAUAUUUUACUGUAAAAAUUAUUAUUUUAAGUUAUAUAAAAACAUUUUUUAUAUA